AUGGUAGAAGAACCGCAGACCCCAUCGAACAAAGGCUUCGGUGCCGAAAUAUUUAAGAUCUUCGGAGGAGGCGGCAGUGGCAGCGCCACAAGUGGUACCGGGCCGAAGAAGACCACGCGAGAUGGCCAGCAGCCCAAACGUCGCGGCCCCAAGCCGGAUAGUAAGCCUGCACUCACCAGGCGGCAGGAAUUAAAUCGUCAGGCCCAGAGGACACAUCGCGAGCGAAAGGAACAAUACAUAAGAGCGCUGGAGACCGAAGUAUCGCGGUUACGAGAGGCCUACACCACAGAGAUCGCAGAGGCCAACGCAUCAAUUCAACAACAUAAAGAGAUGAUGCAUUCGAUACGAGAGGAGAACGAAAUCCUGAAGGAAAUUCUCGCAGCGAGCGGAAUCCAAUACGAAGCGGAUCUAGAGCGCCGCCGGGCGGAGCGCCCACCGAUGAUGUCCUUCCAAUCCCCUGUUACUGUGGCUGGCAGCAGCAAUGCGUCGCAGAUUGCCCCUCUCGCCAACUCGACCAGCAACCCCAACACAACCCCUGCAACCACGAUCUCAUCCGACUUGAGCCCCCGCGCCAAUGGCAUGGAUCACUCCUCGAUCUCGCCCCCAAUCGGAUAUGCGCCCCAACAGCAAGUGUACCACACGAGUGUAGGCGGGCAUUCCAUGAGCAUGGAUCAUUCAUCGUGCGCACCCGUCGAUACUAUGCAGCCCAUGCCAGUUACGCGGGGAGGUGUCUUCGAAACCGACCCCCAGUUGCAGGUUGACUUUAUCCUAACACUCGAAGGUCCCUGUCGCGAACACACAGACUACCUCUGCCGGCGGUCGGUCACAGAAGCCGACGACGAAGACAUGCCGUUUUCCGGACACGCCCUGAUGGCAACGUGCCCACCGCCGAGCUACAUUGCGAAAACGACACCCGAACAACCAUACCCGCACAAGGCGCCGGACCUACCGCAUGCAAACCUCAGCACACUCCUCAACCUCAGCCGACAGCUCGUGACAGAAGGACAGAUCACGCCCAUCAUGGCGCUGCAGUGUCUCAAGAACCACGAUCUGUACCCGACACUGCGGCGCGACGAUAUCAAGAUCAUUAUCGACACGCUCAACACUAAGGUCCGCUGCUACGGCUUCGGUGCUGUGGUCGAGGACUUCGAGUUGAUAGAUUGUCUGAGCAGCGUGCUCGGCACCAAGGUCGAUCUCAGCAUGUCUGCGCCCGAUGAUUCGAUGUAUGGUUGA